AUGAGCCAGUACCGUGUGGACCACCUCCUCAGCGCCGUGGAGACAGAGCUCCAAGCGGGCAGCGAGAAAGGCGACCCCACAGAACAGGACCUCAAAGUCACUCUGGACGAAAAGGAUCUUUGGCACAAGUUUAAGGAUCUUACAAAUGAAAUGAUUGUGACAAAGAAUGGAAGGCGCAUGUUUCCAGUCCUCAAAGCGAAUGUCUCUGGAUUGGACCCAAACGCGAUGUAUUCCUUUCUGCUGGACUUCGCCACUGCGGACAACCACCGGUGGAAGUACGUGAACGGAGAGUGGGUCCCGGGAGGAAAACCUGAACCCCAAACACCCAGCUGCGUGUACAUCCACCCGGACUCUCCAAACUUUGGCGCGCAUUGGAUGAAAGCGCCCGUAUCUUUCAGUAAAGUCAAACUAACCAAUAAACUCAACGGAGGUGGGCAGAUUAUGCUGAAUUCACUGCAUAAAUACGAGCCACGCAUUCACAUCGUUCGCGUUGGAGGACCCCGGAGGAUGAUCACAAGCCAUGCGUUCCCCGAAACACAGUUCAUCGCGGUGACUGCGUACCAAAACGAAGAGAUAACUGCUCUAAAAAUCAAGCACAACCCCUUUGCUAAGGCUUUUUUGGAUGCCAAAGAAAGACAUGAUACAAAGGAUAUAAAGGAAGAAAUUCAUGAAAACCAGCAGCUUCCAUACUCACAAUGUGGCUGGUUUAUUCCUGGAUCAGGCUCCCUCUGCCCCCCCAAUACCAACCCCCACAGUCAGUAUGGAAGUCCCAUCUCUCUGUCCUCUUCCCAGAGCUGUGAGCGAUACUCGUCCCUCAGGAAUCACCGAGCUGCCCCUUACCCCAGUCCAUACAGCCACCGGACCAACUCACCCAGUGGUUAUGCUGACAACUCUUCCUGUCUGCCCAUGCUGCCCACUCAUGAUAACUGGUCCAGUUUACAGAUGCCUUCACACUCCCCAGUGUUGCCCAUGGCCCACAACUCAACAUCCACAAACUCUGCGCAAUAUCCCAGCUUGUGGUCUGUGACUAACUCUGCGCUCGCCCCAAUGUCAGACACUGGAAACAACAGUUUAAACUCACAGUUCCUGCAGAGAUCCAACACAAACUACAGUGGCUUGUGCCACUCAGUGACAGUGCCCUCUGGUGGCUCCCCUUUGUACGACAGCAGCAGCACAGAGCUGCACUAUGACUCCUCUCCACACAGGAUACAUUCAGCCUGGACCCCCGUUACACCGCCUUCCAUCUGA